AUGUUACCUAACCUCAAUUGGCUGCUCGGCCUCGGACUGCUAGGAGCAGCCAGCACUGUGCAAGCUGUCAAAUUGUCAAAGCAUGCACAAGAUCUCUUUGACGAGUCUAUGCUCUUUCAAGACAUGAUAUAUGACCCUACGGCCCAUUAUUUGCGAUAUUUCUACUAUCCAUUGGCCGCCGGCGUUCACGAGACUCGUUCGACGAUAUGGCGCACCGUUGGACUACUCCAACGCAAUCACGGGGAUGACGCUGCAGAAGCGGCAAAAAUUCUUGAACUUGUCAUUGCUGAUCAAGAGAAAGAUACCUCAAAACAGUGGUAUGGCGAUUUCACGAUAUACCCGGAGCAGCCAACUGUUGCAGAUCCUGCCUACGACCCUGUGAUUUAUAACUCGUGGGACCCGAAUUGGAGAGGGUUCAUUAGCACAACUCUCAUCAUUGUGUACGAAGAGUAUAGGGACUUGCUUCCAUCCCAUGUUCAAGACCUGAUUCUUGAAAGUAUCUACAACAGCACCGUCGGCGAUACCUAUCGUGUGGGCGGGGUUGACGAUGAUAAUUUGUAUCCAGCCUACACCAAUCCCUGGCUCAUGCGAACCGUCGCUAGUGCAUGGACUGGACUGAAAAUGAAUGACUCGAACAUGACCUACUGGGGAGACAAAUGGGCUGAACAGUUCUUGGAUCUCUACAAUGUCAACAACACUAUAUCCGAGUAUAAUAGUCCAACCUAUGUGGGAGUUUCCCUAUACGCAUUGACAAUUGCAGCUAAAUAUAUGACCAAUAUCACGAACGCUCCAGUCAUUGCUCAGCACAGUGAGCAAAUAAUUCGAGAUAUCUGGGAUGUUGAGUCCUUGCUCUGGAACCCUAUGAUGAGGAAUUUCGCAGGUCCAUGGGAUCGGACUUAUGGCUAUGAUAUGAAUAACUACGUGGCUAUAAUAUCGUUAUGGAUCUGGUCCUUUAUCGGCAAGGAGAAUGUUUACCAAAACCCCAACCCCGUUGGGACCAUGACGCAUGCCGAUGAUCUUGAGAUCGGACCUCUUCUUGCGGUGCUAGCGGACUUUCAGAAAAAGUUCAUUCCAGAACAUGUUCUCAAGCGCUUCCACGCUUCGCACUUCAUCGGCGAGCAUACGUACCAUGGACAGGCCUAUGCACCUCCCGUAGACUAUGAGCCGCGCAAUGUCACUUCAUGGAUAUCCGCGAACCUUACCAUCGGCACCGAAUCGUUCAAUCAAACUGCGCUUGGAGGCUCCCGGGAAGAUACGAAUGCUUUCAAUCCUGCUGUCGUUCAAUGGCUUCGAUCAGAUGGCUCGGUGGGCUAUCUCACUUGGUACUCGACAGAGAAAGCUAUGCAAGCGGAUGUUGCCCCUUAUGCCCUCAACUUGACUUACCCCGAGGGCAAUGAAACGAGCGUCUUUACCUUUGCUCUUUCGUCAAACCCAUUGGGGGCUCGGCGCGAUAUUUAUACGUUGGAUGCUAUUGAUGGAUUGAAAGUUCAAGUUGGUGGUAGCGUCAACCCAGUGCCUGUGGUUUCGUUUUGUGGCAUAUUGGGUGGUACAUGCCCCAUCAUACAGUAUGUGCUCUUUGUUUUCUCUGCGCACAUCAUCGUGUUUGCAUAUCUAACUUUACUCAAUCGUAGUGACUUUGAAUUUUGGAAUCUAACAUUCGUCAUGCCGGCGAAUUCAACGAAAGUUCCUAGUAUUCAAUUCAAUUUCUCAUUGGAUUGA